CUUUUCCUAAAUAUGGGUAUUUUAAACUGGGGUUUUAGAGCCAACGUGAAGGUUCAUCAGAGUUCCAAAGCUUACGAUCUUCCCUUAAAGAGCAAUAAGGAAGAUUCAAUACUGUUCACAGACUUCGUUCGGAAAGAAAUUCCAACUUUGGACGAGUCGAAAAAGUUGUGGUUGCACCCUUUAUUGUUCAACGGUGCCUUACAGACUUUGUACUACACCAGUGUAGAUUCUAUUGCAAAGUUUCCUGUUUACUAUGGAAGAGAAACGUUUGAAUACAAAGACCAGGGUACAUGCUCCUUAGACUGGGCUAUACCCAAGCCAGAAUCCAAGGAAGAGUUCAAAAAGCUACAUGACGAAACUUUACCAGAAGACUCCCCCAAGUUACAUCCACGUACGAGGUUCUUCAGCGAACAAGAAUUGGCCGAACGUAAGAAGCAUGGUCAGGAUGUCGGCUCGGAAAAACCUAUUGCCGUAGUCUUGCAUGGUUUAUGUGGUGGAAGUCACGAACCUUUGAUUCGUAACUUUGUAGAGACUAUCAACAGCCAUGUCAACGGUUGGGAUGUGCUCGUGGUGAACAACCGAGGAUGUUGUAGAACCAAAAUUACGUCGGCCAAGUUGUUCAAUGCCCUUUCCACUGACGAUGUAAAAGAUGUAUUGCACGAACUCAAAAAGAGAUACCCCAGCAGACCGAUCUAUGCUGUGGGAUUCUCAUUUGGUGCUUGUAUCUUGGCCAACUUCUUGGGAGACCCCAAUCACUCAGAAGAAGACCACAACUUGAUCCGUGCUGCUGCCUUGAUUGGUUGUCCAUGGGACUUGGUAGACUCGUGCUACCACUUGCAACAGUCGUACUCAGGAAAUUACUUGUUCAACCCGGCCUUGACUACGUACUUGCAAAAGUUGGUCAAGAACAAUUACAAGACCUUAUCAAGUUUCAGUCCAGAUGUGUUCACUGACGAUUUGUAUAGGGAAUUUAUGAAGCCAAAGACUACAGUGGAGUUCGAUAACGUCUACACGUGCCAUAGUGCCGGUUUCUCGAAUGCUAUGGAUUACUAUAGAGAAGCUUCCCCUGUUAGAAGAAUAGGAAACAUCAAGACUCCCACUUUGAUCUUGAACUCUACUGACGAUCCAACCAUCAGUGUUAGAUUGCCAAAGCUUGAAGUCUUAGAGAACCCAUACUUGGCCAUGAUUGAAACUGACCUUGGUGGACAUUUGAGUUAUGCCAAGAGAUCAGGCGACUUCUGGAGUGUAGAACUAGUAGAGGAGUUCUUCACCAAAUUUGAUAAAGUUGUUGCCUGAACUACAAGGUUGAGGAUUACUAAAUGACAAGAAAAGAUAGAAAUUGUACAAUGAAGUGCACAAGAUAGAAACUGCUUAGUAUAGAAACUAAUAUAAAUAAACACUAUAU